AUGGAUACGACUAGCGAAGAUGACCCCGUGCUUUUACGACAUCUUAAUAUAAUUCUACUUACGCCGGUGAUUAUAUUUGGACUAACUGGUAAUAUUUUGAGUAUACUGGCAUGGAGUCGAGGUUUCCAUCGUGACACGUCGACGGCAGCGCUUUUGACGGCGUUAGCCAUUAUAGACACAAUCGUUCUAACGGUGCCGGCAACAGAACGCUGGUUCCAUAGGGUGAUAUAUUUCCUUAUAAGAACUGACAACAAUGUCACGUGUAAGAUAUGGGCUUUUCUCUCUUAUUUUGCUCCUACCUCUUCGUCUUGGAUUAUUGUCCUGGUUACCGCAGAGCGAUUCAUCAGCAUUUGGUUCCCGAUGCGGGUCGGAUACCUUAGUACCAGAAAGAAAGUGAUUUGUUUGAUUCUUGUAAUGAGCGUGAUUAUUGGAUCUAUGUAUAUGCCUGUGAUGGUGCACGUGACAGUCUUUCAAAACACACAUGAUACACUUGAUAUAGCCAGCACGAAAAAUGAAACAAGUAUAGUGUAUUUUACAGAUUGCGAUAUUUCUGAUCAGCGAUAUCGUGAAGAUUAUUUACGGGUGCUAAUGUGGCUAGAUAUGGCAUUUCUUUUCAUGGCACCUUUUGUUCUAAUCGUCCUCGGAAAUGUUCUUAUAAUUUAUAAAAUCUGUCAGAGUCGCCGGUCGGGGGUGCUGCAUGCGGAGCGAGACGUGGAGUGCAGGUCACAAGUUGCCAAUACAUUCACUAUACGUGCUAUAGCUUUAAGUAUAACGUUUUUGAUAUGUUUGUUACCCGUUACAACGUACCAGUUGGUUAACACGAACACAGAUGUUACGUUACCCGGCUAUGCCGAUGACAUUAUACACAUUCUAUUAUAUGGAAACAGUACUUGCAAUUUCAUUCUGUAUUGCGCUAUUGGGUCCGGCUUUAGGAAAGAUCUAAGAACUGCUCUGUCAAACUUAUGUAGAAUAAAGAAACCUCGGCUGGAUCGUUUGGAUUCAAAUAUGAGUGAAGUGUUGGCAUCAAGAAUAGUGCAUACCUGA